GGAUGAUGAUACACAACAAAAAAUAUUACUAUUGUUGGCUCUCUGUGUUGUGUUGUUUUCUUGGAAGGCGGGUUCUUUGUCUCUGUGCAAACAAAAUCCACCCAUGCGCACAUCGAAUCUCUCUCUUUCUCUUUCUGUUGAAAGAAACCUCUCCAUUUGCGUCAUCAUCAAAACCCCUCAUUGUCCUCUUGCUUUACUUUCUUGAGGUUUUCAUUUUCUUGAAUUUUUAACGUUGGUACUUGCUUGGUUCUUUCUUCUUCUUGAGCCCUCAUCUGGUACCCCAAAAUAGCUACAUUUCUUUUUCUCUGGAGAACUCGUGAGAAAAGAUCCCCCGCCGUGUAUCGGGGACUAUUACUAAAAUGUUUCUACCUUUUGCUUCUUUCUAGCGUCCUUUUCUUCUUUCGAAAAGAAAAACCUUUCUAAAGCAAAUAUUCGUUUCUUCUGUACAGGUUAUUCUAAUUAUUCUAAUCUUGAAUCAUCGUUUUGGAAAAAGUUUUCUUGGGUGAAACUCAGAUGUGGAUCGUCAUUUGAGAAGCAAAUUUGCUCUUUAAAAACUGAGUUUUGGGUCAUUUUGCUUUUAGGGUUUGUUUGUCCAUUUUGCUUCUUUAUUUUGGUUCCCUUCUUCUCUUCUGAUAUGAAUUCUCCACAUUCUUUUAGAAGCUUCUUUUUCGAAAUCGAAAGAUGCGCAUUCGGCUACUUCCAUCAAUAACUUCAUUUCUGCCUUUUUUAGACCUAGAUUGUUUUCCGUCUCAUUUGGGACAUUUUGCAAACACCGAGCCUGCACUUUGAAAAUUUCUCUUUUUAGGCUUUGAUUGCCUAUCAGAAACAUGGGUUGUGUUCAUGGCAAGUGUUGCAGCCGCUACCCGUCAUCAUCGGAUGGCGAUUCAAGGGACCAUCCUGAAGCAGGUCAUAUCGCUAGUAAACACAUUCUCACUCAAAGAUCGCUGGAGGCUAUUCCUAUUCCUUCACAUAACCUGACGUUACAGUACUCUGUUCUGACUCAACGAGGUUACUAUCCAGACUCGCCAGAUAAGGAAAACCAAGACAGUUACUGCAUUAAAACUCAAAUCCAAGGUAACCCAAAUAUCCAUUUUUUUGGUGUAUUUGAUGGGCAUGGUAUAUAUGGUGCUGAAUGUUCAAAUUUCGUCAAGGAUAGGUUAAUUGAGAUAUUAGCUAAUGACCCCACAUUGUUGAAUGACCCUGUUCAAGCUUAUAAUUCUGCAUUUUUAAGGACAAACUCCGAGUUACAUAGUAGUAAAAUUGAUGAUUCCAUGAGUGGUACGACGGCAAUAUCUGUUCUUGUUAUUGGAGAUACGAUAUAUGUAGCCAAUGUGGGUGAUUCAAGAGCAGUGAUUGCUGUUAAAAAUGGGAAUAGAGUUAUUGCUGAAAAUUUGUCUAAUGAUCAAACCCCAUUUAGGAAAGAUGAGCGUGAGAGGGUGAAGUUAUGUGGGGCUAGAGUACUGAGUGUUGAUCAAGUGGAAGGGUACAAGGAUCCAAAUAUGCAGGAGUGGGAUGAUGAAGAAAGUCAAGGGGGUGAUCCUCCGAGGUUGUGGGUGCAGAAUGGGAUGUAUCCAGGGACUGCAUUUACAAGAAGUGUAGGGGAUAGUACAGCUGAGACAAUUGGUGUUAUUGCUGAUCCUGAAGUUUCUACCGUUAAACUCAUGCCCAAUCAUCCAUUUUUUGUGGUUGCAAGUGAUGGAGUGUUUGAGUUCCUUUCAAGCCAAGCUGUUGUUGAUAUGGUCGCAAGGUAUUCUGAUCCCCGAGAUGCAUGUGCAGCCAUUGCUGGAGAGUCGUACAAACUAUGGUUGGAGCACGAAAAUCGGACGGAUGAUAUUACAAUCAUUAUUGUACAUAUUAAAGAAUCAUCUAAUCCAGGUGCUGGUGCUACAGAUGGAACUGCUGAAGUGAGUAGGAAAUCGGUGAGUUCAAGAACCCGAAAAGAAUCUUCUCACAGUUCUGCUCCUUCUGGGUCUGAGAUUUACCGUUCAGUAAGGAGUGAAUUCUCAGAUCAGCAACUUUCAGUGAAUCGAAGCCCAGCAAUUAUUGUUCCGUCUCCAUCACAUCGGAAGCCCUUUGAAUUGGAUGGGGGUUAGCAAGUGGCGAGCCUGCUACUGAACUAAAGACAAUUUGUUCUGCACAAACAAGAUGUAGUUGCCCAAAGGAUCUCCGGGCAGGCCAUGGUUUCUUACUAAGAGUCUCUAACCGGUGACAGCAUAAAAUGAUAAAAGGCUUUAGGAGAACAGAAUGCUCUCCUUUGUCCUGUAACCGAGACUGCUAAAUCCAAGUAUAAAAGUACUUGAGAGCCGAUGCUGGAGAGAUUCUUAGAAGCUGAGAGAUGAUUGUUGUAAAUUUCGUUAGCACAUACGAACUUUCUGCCUUUCACAUUGUAUCUAGGAAGAAGAAAUAUCAUAAAGUUGCUAACUUUAAUAUCAGCUCAAUCAUGUGCAAUUUUUGAAUUUCUUA